AGCCAUUUUCUUCUCUCGAGUCGUUGCGCCGCCACCUGCGGAGUCACCUACCCGCGCCGAUUCCAGAGUUCGCUUAGUAUGUUUGCGGCGCCCCCUGCUCUGAAGUUGCCCGACGAGAGAAGUCCAGGCGAGAAUCGCCGCCGUCGCGUCGAAGGCCAGGCAACCGGCGCCAAACCCAAGAAGGGGGACCAGCGCAAGGCCUCGAAGAAGCAGAUUGGCCCAGAGGAGCUACGGGGCCUCGAGCGCAUGGAUGUAGACGAGAUUCAGCGGAUCAUGUCUGUUGUAGUCAAGCUCCCCCUCGACGUGACCAUGCGCACACGUCAGACCGAUGCGGUCACCAUGAUGACGUUCCUCAUCCCCGAGAGCGCGUUGCCCGUGGUCAAGAGUCGCGCCGGAGUGCGCGCCUGCAUUGAGAACGCCCAGGACUUGAAGGCCCGCGAAAAGGACGCCGAGGUAGAGGCUGCGGGAUCCAUCUCUUUGGCGGCGCUCGCGGGGGCCACGGAAGGUUGUCUCGAGGCAGGGGGCGCCGUGGGCGCCGCGAACGCCAAGAAGCUCAAAUAUUGGCAGCAGGAGGUCAACAGCAUCAGCAUCAAGGAGGCGAUGCGCCAGUAUCCGUUCGUGGAAGUGUCCUCGGUAUCUCGCCGCGAGACUGUAAAGAUAGUGAUGAGCGUGCACGCGCCACUGCGUGUGCUAGGAGAUUGCUUGGUGCAGCUGGGAGCAGAACAGAAGAUUGCCGUGGCGCCGAUGAAUCAUCUCGAGCGCGUGCUUCAGAGUUUCCUCACGGACGAGGAUGUGUAACUGCUCCGUGCGUUGGCGAUGCCAUGUUGAUGGAUCCUGGGCGGGAUAAGACUCUUCUUCUGGGGUGUCGGUGCAGCCGAUGACUGGAGUUUCAUAUGAUGGCCUUUCUUCUCUACAUCCUGUGGGCGGGACUGCGCCUGCUGCGGGAGUGUGGGUGCAGCAAGCGACUGGAUCUUCAAGCGGUGCCAAUGCUACUAACAACUUGUGUGGUGGUGGAGGCUCUGACUUCUCGUAUGCAUUUACAUGUUCUGAAGCAGAUGAGGCUCCCAGGAUUGAGGUGAGUUCGGGAUGCUCGAGUUCAGCGGCGUGCACCAGGCUUGAGGCCAGGUCUUUCCGCGAUGCUCCGCGCGGCUGUCUUCCCCCUUUGCCUCCUCCUUCUUCUCCCCCCCUCCAGGAGCCGUCCACGAAACGGGCC